AUGGAAGCAGUGAGGCUGUUGAACAAGGUCUCCACGGAUGUUGAGAAAUACGAGAGAACGCCACAUAAUUACGAUACUAAAUCCGAAAAAGGGAAUGAUGGAAGAUUGGAAGAUGGAAGAGUUGUUGUUAUGACCAAGGAAAAUGCUUCAGUAGUUCAUCAGAUAUUGGAUUUGGAAGCCAAUCUAAACCCUAAAUUUACACUAAAAAGUGAUCCCAGUAGUAGUAGUAGUCAUUGCUUAAGGGAGAAAAGUAUAGAAGAGUUAAGAGAAUUAUAUCUUGAAAAAUUAUAUAAAGAAAAGCAAGGUCCACAUGAGUUUUAUUGUCCUAAUUGUAAGGUCUGCAUCACAAAGGUUUUGGUUAAAGAUCAGCCAAAAUUUACACCAAAUAUUCUUGAUGAAGAUGAUGAUGAUGAUCAAAUUGGACCAAUCAGAUGCACCUCAUGCUUCAGUUUUCUCAUUCCUACAGGAACAGGAACAAUAACAGUACCAGAACUACUUCCGGGACCAUUAAUGGACCCUAGAAGUGGUAGUGGUAGUGGUAGUGAGCAUGAGCAAAGGAGUGAGUGGGAAAUGAUGAAGAGCAUUGUUUAUGGUGGAUUAGCUGAAUCAAUUACAAGCUUAGGCAUUGUUACCUCUGCUGCCAGUGGUGAUGCUUCUACAUUGAACAUUGUAGCUUUGGCAUUGGCAAAUCUAAUAGGCGGAUUAUUUGUCAUUGCUCAUAAUCUUUGGGAUCUAAAACAUGACCAUUUAAAAGUCCGUACAAGUGAUGAUGUCACAGAAGAACAGUCAUUGGAUUUGGAUCGAUACGAAGCAAUUCUUGGAAAGAGAAGGCAUUUUGGGUUUCACACCUUAGUCUCCAUAUUGUCGUUUCUCGUUUUCGGGUUAGUACCUCCUGUCGUUUACGGCUUCUCGUUCCGUGAGAGAAACGACAAGGAUCUCAAACUCGCAGCAGUCGCAGCUGCCUCUCUUCUAUGCAUCGCUCUACUGUCGUUUGCUAAGGCCUACACCCAAAAGCACUCCAAGUACAUCAAAACGGCAACGUAUUAUGUUGUCGUUGGGUUUGGGGUGUCGGGUGCUUCUUACUUGGCUGGUGUGUUUGUGAACAAGAUGAUGAAGAGGCUUGGGUGGUUCGAGCCAAGUCCAACUACUUCUGCCAUGCCGGUGUAUCUUGGUAAAAUGAGCAUGAGUGCAUGGGAUUGGGAAUAA